CGAAGGACGGUCGAAAUGGGUAAAGCCAAAAAAACACGCAAGUUCGCCCAGGUCAAGCGUAUGAUCAACCCGAAUGACAUUCGCCUCAAGGAGAAUCGGGCGAAGCAACAGAAGAAAGAGCAGGAAGCGAAGGAAAAAGCCGUACGCCGAGUUCCCCAGGUUGCCUCUUCCCUCUUCUUGCAACACAAUACCUCGCUCGCCCCGCCGUACCGGGUACUGAUCGAUACCAACUUCAUCAACUUCAGCUUGCAGAACAAGCUUGAGCUCGUUUCCGGCAUGAUGGACUGCCUCUAUGCCAAAUGCAUACCUUGUGUAACAGAUUGCGUGCUGGCUGAAUUGGAGAAGCUUGGAAGCAAGUAUCGUGUUGCCCUUCGUGUCGCUCGAGAUCCGCGAUUCGAACGCCUCAAUUGCUCCCACUCCGGCACAUAUGCCGACGAUUGCCUUGUACAACGAGUAACGUCACAUCGUUGCUAUAUCGUUGCGACGUGCGAUCGUGACCUUCGUCGGAGACUACGAAAAAUCCCUGGCGUACCGCUCAUGUACAUCGUCAAGCGACGGUACGCUAUUGAGCGACUGCCAGAUCAGGGAGCGCCGAGCUGAUGACGGUGUAUGGUGUGUUUCUGAGGUUUUGUGCCAUUGAUGGAGAUUUAUGUUGGCACAAGCGUGUACAUGUGUUUAUUUCAAUGACGGUCAGCAGUUGACCAUGUAUCGAUAUUACUCUGGUUUAUGUGCCUGUUAAUCCG